ACGCCAGCGCUACGGCGCGUUCGCUAUGUAUAACCGACCUAAUUUAUUUUUUAGCGUGUUUUUAAACAUGGCGGCGCCCAGCGUAAGCGUGGUUUUUCUUUGGCACACUCAACUGCGCCAGGGUCACUGAUCUUGCCCCGACUGUGGUGUUAUAACGCGUCUGAAGUCGGUCUCACGUGUUCGAGGAAUUUUAUUUAUCAAGUAACCGAUGGCGUCUGCGGCCCUCCGCACGUGGCUCGCAUCUGCGCGAUGCCUGCGCUGUAGCCGAGUCGUAGCGAAACGGGCGCAUCUCUUCGCUUUUGCAACGCCCGAAGGAGCUGUGAAGUUUUGCUCUACUCCCAUCUUCAAAAAAGAUGCAGCAGUUCCAAAAGAAUCAGCACACAGUAUUGGCGGGCCCCAAUACUUCAAGUCGCUUUACUAUUCAUCACACGAAACAACGGAACACCAAACAGAAUCUCUAGUGGCACCUGCUUCGGAGGGGAACUCAGAAGCUGCUGUCUUUCAGUUACCCAACAUUGCUGGACUGGAGAGCGAUGACCUUAGCACCUUGCAAAAUGAGCUUGCCUGUGAAGUCAAGUUAGAUGCUCUGUCUGAAGACGUGGACGCCGAGUUUCUUGACGGCAUGGGGCCCGCUCUUCCGAAGGCUUUCAACCUAGCCGCGUAUGCCAACAAGUCUAUCACAGUGCAGCGAUUUGUGCAACUCGGUGUCGACUUGUCAGUGUUGGAGAAGAAAGGACUUGGCCAAGAGAUUAUCACACUUGACUUUAAGAAGGAGGUUGAGCCAGUGAUUCGGUUUCUGACGUCACAAGGUGUGCCAGCCGAGCGGCUUGGAUGGUGGUUCACGAAAAACCCGCACCUGUUCAGGGAACCUCUGGAGAACCUCCAGGUGAGAGUCGAUUACCUGCUGUCAAAACGCUUCUCACCGGAGGCCGUGACAAGGAUUCUGAGCAACGCACCACUGUUUCUGGCCUACCGUGUGAACAGCAUGGAUUAUCGCCUGGGCUUUCUGCAACGCGUUCUCUCCCUGUCUGGUGCUGAAGUGCGCCAUAUCGUUACACGUUAUCCCAAGCUGCCAACGGGCAAGUUACAUUCUAUUGAGUGCAAUGCCUUUUCAAUAAAAGAGGAGAUGGGCUUCAGCGUGGAUGAAAUGAAGCAGCUGAUCAUGGUUUGCCCGAAGCUCCUCAUAUCCAGCCGUGACAAUAUCGUCAAAGCUUUCACCUACCUUCACGAGGAAGCUGGCCUGAGCCAUGCGCAGCUGAUGCAAUUUCCCGCCAUAUUGCGCACACGCGAAUGCAUCUACAAGCCUCGUCACCAAUUUCUCGUCAAGCUGGGUCGGGCACAAUAUGACCCAAAGGAGCCCAACUACGUUUCUCCAAAAGCAUUGGUAACUGGUGUUGAUGCUGUGUUCUGCGAAAAUGUUGCCAAGACUUCCGUGGACAAGUACAAUGAGUUUCUAAGGACCCUGUGAUGUGUGCAGCUUUGAAAAUCGUACAGAAAAAUAAAUAGCGGCUCGAGAUGUAGCCGAGUACAAUGAGGAUGAGCUCUUCAAGUCUUCUGCUUUAAAUAAAUGCUUUUAAAUCAACUUUGA